AUGCAAUAUUGCGUGUUUAAUUCGACAAGAGAACUCGACGCGUUUAAACGUUACAGCAGAAACGAGCGGAAAACGUGAAACGAAAUUGUGAAACGAGACAACAGAAAAGUUAUUAGUGCGCUUUGAAAAAAAUUAAAUAAAUAUAAUUGACAGUUUAAGUGUCAGACCGGCUUCAAAAUGAAUUGUCUGGAAUCUAUUGUUAAAUAUUUAAUCUAUAUUGCCAAUAUAGUAUUUUUGGUAUGCGGUAUACUCAUCAUUAUCCUGGGCUCGCUCAUGAUGGGCAAUAUCGGCGAUUUUUCUUCAUUCGAAGAAGCUAUCAAUUUGGAUACGUUACCAAUCUUAAUAAUAAUACUCGGAUGCAUAAUAUUUGUGAUAUCCUUCUUUGGCUGCUGCGGAGCGAUACGUGAGAAUUCUUGCUGCAUGACAACGUACGCCGUCUUUAUGUUCAUUUUGUUCUGCCUGCAAGUUGCUUUGGUUGUAUGGGUAUUUGUUCAACGAGCAGAGUUCUUGAAAACUAUGGGUGAUCUGGUCAAUACUGCCUGGAAUCAAAAUGAUUCGGCCAAUAAUUAUCCAAUGGAUGCGUUACAAGUUAGCUUCAAGUGCUGUGGCAAAACCAAUUACACAGAUUACACAAAUGCCGGCAAAAGUGUCCCUGUAUCGUGCUGCGGCUCCCUGGAUGCCACGUCGUGUUCGGAAGAUGUUUACAAAACAAGACCUGGUUGUGUUGAUGAAUUCGUCGAUUUUUGGGCCACAAACACGAAUAUUAUUCGAUAUGCUGGUAUUGCGGUAGCGGCCAUUGAAUUGGCGGUAUUCACCAUAGCUUUUUGUUUGGCGAGUAGCAUGCGAAAUUCCCGCAGACACUGAGUUGCGUGAAUUUCUGAAUUUGUAUGCAAAGCAUGCGGUAUUGUAAAUAAAAGUAAAUCUACCUUGAUUCUGUUUAUUUUAGUCAAAAAAAUAAACUCGAAUUGUAGAUUGACUAAACAUUUUUUAAGUUAAACACGUAGUUAGUCAAGUCUUUGUUAAGUACUCUUGUUUGUAUAAUUUUAUUUAAAAACCCAAAAACUAAAUAAAAAGUAAAAAUACAUAUGUACUUAUA